GUAUUAGGUCUGGUCAACCAAAGGUCACAAAGUUAAACUACUACUUAAAGUCGGAUUAUCUGUCUUAAUUCCUUACUUAAAUUCCCUCUCUCGCGCCUCGCCCACACUUUUUAUUCAGUCGCUGCUUCGUCUUUCUUUCUUCCUCUGUUUGAAGUUUGAAAAUUGAACGAUUUCAUCAGAAAAAUCCGCUGCCGCGACCAUGUCCCCGACGCUCUGCUCACAGGGCGCCGUCGUCGCCACCGCCAUGGCCGUCUCCGGCACAUUCAUCCUCCUCGCCCUCCGCCUCCAGAAAUCCAUCCCCGCCGCCGCUCAAUUCCCCGUCCAACACCAAAAUCGCCGGCCAAUCGUUCUCCACCAGUCGCGAUCUCUGCGAUCCUGCAUCUCCUCCGACGGGAAGAAGAGUAAGAAGAAGAAGAACAAGAAGGUUCGCUUCGCGGACGACGUGGUGGAGCCGAGGGGGAACGGAGAUGAGUUCAGGAAGCACUGCGAGGCCAUUGCCGCCGCCAAGAUGAACGUCUCGUCGGAAUCUUCGUCUUCGUCGUCGCCGCCGGCGCGGGAGAGGGGAAUGCCGGAGAACAGACGGGCGCUCUACUCCGCGAUCCUGAGGGAUCGAGGGGUUCAACGAUUGACUUACUCUUGCUGAUUCCGAUCCUCCGAUUCCUCUGUGCAUAAUUCAAUCCCUUUUUUUUUCCCUCUGCCCAAAAAAAAAAAAUCGAGGCGAUUCUUCCUCAGGUUCUUUUCAGUACCGGAGGAAGUAAGAGCGGGGCCCACAUCCCAACAGACGGUAACUUUUAGUAACUGUAACUUUUUUUUCCCUCCCCGUUGGUAAAACUGUAGGGGAAGUGGUGUUUUUACUGUAAUUUUUUUUUACCGAGUAGAAGGGAAGUUAGUGUUGGAAACAGAUAUGAAUGUUCGCCAUUACUGUGGUGCAGUGCCGGCAUGAGUGCCGCCACCUUGUCAGCCGUUGGAAUUUCUGGAUUAAAUCAGGACUAUUAAU